UCAUUUUUGGAUUGUGUCUUGAGGGUCAAUAUAAGGAAGCCAUUGAUUUGUUAAGUGAUAUGGUGCUUAGAAACAUUACUCCUGAUGUUCAUACCUAUAGUAUUUUGAUUGAUGGGCUAUGCAAGGAAGGAAAGAUCAAAGAUGCAAAAAAUGUGUUGGCUGUGAUGACAAAACGUGGUGUGAAACCAGAUGUGGUUACUUAUAACAGCUUAAUGGACGGAUAUUGUUUGGUUAAUCAGGUAAAUAAGGCAAAAUAUGUAUUCAACACAAUGGCCCAAAGUAGAGUGUUACUUAAUGUUCAAAGUUACAAUAUCAUGAUUAAUGGCUUGUGCAAAAGUAAAAUGGUCGAUGAAGCCUUGAGUCUCUUUGAAGAAAUGCAUCGUAAGUACUUGGUUCCAAACAUGGUAACUUACAACACUCUUAUUGAUGGCUUGAGCAAAUCAAAGAGAAUAUCUUGUGCUUUGGAGCUUCUUGUCAAGAUGCACGAUAGAGGUCCACCCGCUAAUGUAGUCACUUACAAUUCCUUGUUGGAUGGGAUGUUCAGUAUCAAACAAGUUGACAAGGCACUUCUGUUAUUCAAGCAAAUGAAAGAGAGUGGCAUUGACCCAGAUAUAUGCAUGUACAAUGUACUUAUUGAUGGCCUAUGCAGAGGUGGAAGACUUGUAGUUGCAAAAGAGAUUUUUCAAGAUCUUUCUAUGAAAGGCUAUCCUCCAAAUGUGAGGACAUACACUAUUAUGAUCAGUGGGCUCUGCAGAGAGGGCUUGUUUGAAGAAGCAUUGGCCCUGCUGUCGGAAAUGGAACACAAUGGUUGCUUACCAAAUGCUGUGACUUUUGAAACUGUUAUUCGUGCUUUGUUUGGAAAAGAUGAGAAUGACAUGGCGGAGAAACUUCUUCGGGAAAUGGUUGCUAGAGGCUUAUUGAAGAGACACUAAGGAGGAAUAAAUUAACUCAAAUUAAUAAAUUUUCUGUUGUCAAAAUUUGUACAGAACUUGGUAAAUUUUAUAUCUAUUGGGUUGGAGGAUUUGGGAAAUGCCAUGAACUCACUAUCACCUUGAUUUUGGUCAUCUCACUGUUAUUGAAUUAAUUUUGAACUUGUGUUA